CUUCUCGCGGGAACGCGCGGCGGGAGCUCCCUCUUCAUGGCCGCGCGCCCCGUGCCCGCGCCUGGGACCGGGACGGGGACGCGGAUGAAGCGUUGGCCCCACAGACAAACUGAGCCACCAGCCUGCAAGAGGUUUCCUGUGAAGACCGCGUAGGCCGCGUCUCCUGGUGGGAAACCUUUCAUCUGCACUGCCUGGCCCAUGCUACAACUUUUAUCACAUCUUCCGCUGCCUUUUGUCGGCUGUGAUCUCGAGGCGAGAGGACCCAAAUACAAGACAGCUGUCAAGAGAAGACUUUGAUACCUAACUUUGUUGUGUGCUGAGCUGCAGUCAUGAGGGCCACCGGCUACGGCUACUAUCAAGUAGUCAUAUUUGUCUGCAUGUUCAUCGGCUACUCCCUGUAUUUCUUUAACAGGAAGACUUUCUCUUUUGUCAUGCCCGCUGUGAUGGAGGAGAUAGAACUGGAUAAAGAUGACCUGGGUAUGAUCACCAGCAGUCAGACCAUGGCCUAUGCCAUCAGUAAAUUCAUCAGCGGCGUGCUGUCUGAUCAGAUCAGCGCCCGCUGGCUGUUCUCCAUCGGCCUCUUCCUCGUAGGGGGGAUCAACGUGGCCUUCUCCUGGUCCUCCACAGUACCCAUGUUCUCCCUGCUCUGGUUUAUCAACGGCCUGGGACAAGGCUGUGGCUGGCCCCCAUGUGGGAAGGUGCUUCGCAAGUGGUACGAGCCCUCCCAGUUCGGCACAUGGUGGUCUGUGCUGUCCUGCAGCAUGAACCUCGCUGGGAGUCUGGGUCCCAUCCUCGUCACAGUGCUGUUGCACUACUACGACUGGAGAACUAUCCUGACCAUGUCAGGUGUUAUCUGUGCUUCUUUCUCGUUUGUAUGUUUGGUGUUUGUGAAGAAUGAGCCGAAGGACGUGGGGCUUCCCAGCAUUGAGGCAGCAGCCAAGAAGGGGGCAAAGGGAGCCAAUAAUGACAGCACGCUGAGUGAAUUCCUCCUCUCUCCUUUCCUGUGGGUGCUAUCUCUGGGUUACUUGGUGGUGUUCGGGGUGAAGACGGCGGCCACCGACUGGGGACAGCUGUUCCUAAUGCAAGAGAAGGGCCAGACGGCUCUCAUGGGCAGCACCUACAUGAGUGCUUUGGAGGUGGGCGGCUUCGUUGGCAGCCUUGCAGCAGGUUUUAUCUCAGACAGAGCUGUGGCCCGGAAAGGCCUGAGCACCCACGGCAACCCUCGCCAUGGCCUGCUUAUUCUCAUGAUGGCUGGCAUGUACGUGUCCAUGUACCUCUUCAGAGUGACCGUCACAGCUGAAAUCCCAAAGGAGGCUCCUCUUUGGGUUCAAGUCAUUCACCCUGUGUCCGUCCUCAUUGGUGUGUCAGAGAAAGAGAUUUGGAUCCUCUGCCUUGGUGCCAUGUUUGGUUUUUCUUCUUAUGGACCAAUUGCCUUGUUUGGAGUUAUAGCAAGUGAAUGUGCUCCAUCAAAUUUCUGUGGGACAUCGCAUGCUAUCGUAGCUCUGAUGGCUAAUGUGGGAGCUUUUAUGGCUGGGCUUCCCUUCAGUACGGUUGCCAAACAGCACAGCUGGGACACAGCCUUCUGGAUAGCCGAGGUGAUAAUGGGCAUCACAACCGUCUGGUUCUGCCUUUUCCGCAACAUUCGCACCAAAAUGGGGCGGAUUGCAGAGAAGCUGGACUAAAGCUCAUUGGACCGUUGAAGGCUCUGCACACAGAAUACUGCACACUGAUGGAACUUGAGUUGUGUCAAACAAAACUGUGAAAACCGUCAACUUUUCCCCCACAUUGAUUGAUUGUUAGGUACUCAGGCUGGCUGUAAAUAAAUCACAUUAUAUUCACAAUGAAUAAAUAGAUUUUAUUUACAAAUGCACAACAUUAUAGUAGAUCACAACUGGUCCUGACAGACUCUUGUCAACCUUCAUGUAGACAUAUUUGAAAGUUGCUUUACUGAAAGCUGUAUGCGAAGAAACAUGAGUCAAGAUAAUGUCUAUUUCGUUACCUUGCCCUCAAGGGAAGGCAGUCGUAUAUAACUUUAAAAUGUUUUCAUGUGCACUGCCUGGUCCUUAGAGUAACACUAAUAUUUUGUUUUGCCCUUUGGCUUCGAUUACUGCACAGUCAUGAAGCAUUCUUUGGAUAAACCUGUAUAAUGUCACUCAUUUAUAUCCCUUCAUCUGAAUUCAUUUUUCUCCGAUUUUUGUAUUAAUGACGAUGUGGUCGGACCACCGUCUACUCUCAGUACAUUUGAGUUCUUUUUCACAAUAUGUAUUUUAAAAACGCAAGCAUUUUUCUAUGACCAUGUCAUGAUUGUUUCAGGAAUGAAAAGCUUUCCACUGCAUCAACUGGGUUGAAGCUGAAAAUAGUACUUCUCCAACAGGAGACUCUUACCUAUUUGCUUAGUUAAAUCAAGAUGGAGCCUCUUAUUUUAUUUUAUUUUAUUUCAUUGUUUUGUCCGGGCAAUGAAUAACGCACAACUACAUGUCUUUCAUAAAUGUGGAGUUUGUGUCCUCGUUCAUUUCAUUAAUAACUCCGGUAUUUGUAUAAGCUUACAGGUCCAUGGUUUUACUGAUGUAAAGCAUUUAGAGAGAAUUUUAUUUUUCUACACAAUUGCAUGCCGGAUAACAGAAUAUGUUUUUUAGAACUGAUAAACAUUUGUUACAUGACAGCUGAUUAGAUCGCUGUCAGUGUAGUUGUGUACAGCAGUUACAAUACUGAUUUAUUCAUUUCUCAUCUCAGAUCAAGGGGUUGAUGGCAGUACUGAGUGCACAGUAUGUUACUCUGUAUGUUAUUGAAGUUGUACAAAUGGACUUGAAAUAAUCAA